CAUUCGCACAAUGACACUGGCGCUCACGAGAAUAGAUUACACGACGGUGGGAGUUACUUCGCGCAGCACGACCGUGCUGUUCCCUCCGAAUGAAGCGAAGCAACCGCAAAAGUUCGCCGUUGCGGAUCACGACGGCAUACUGCACAUCUAUGGCAUGAAAAAGGGAGAGCUACAGUUGUCGUUUAAAUCCCUGCCCGGUCCAAAAAUCCACAAAAUGGUGCUCGGUGGCUCGAUAGGUACGUUGAGGGAUAAGGUUUUCAUUGCAUACGGCAACUCCGUAAAGGGAUUCACGAAAAAGGGCAAGCUGUUCUUAGAGUUUGACACCAGCCUUAUAGAUCCAAUUUCCGCGCUGUAUGUCCACGGUGCGGAUCUCGCGGCGUGCGCGCGCGAUCUCUAUCACAGAUACAGAGACUGCAAAGACGCCGACUCGUACCUGGCUGGUGAGACGUUACACGAUGUCGUGCUCUUGCCCGGAGAGUACAAUGCGGUAUACGCUAUCUUAGCUUGCGCGGAUAGCGCGGUGCGCGUUUUGCACGGCACGAGAAGCCCAACGGUCCUCAGACUGCCGAGCGCUCCUAUGGUGCUCUCUAUAUACAGGGAAGGAGAAAUACUGUCGAAGGACCGCGUUCUGGUUGGGACCGCGGACGGUAGGAUCGGAUUGUUGAUCCUUCAAGGCAACAGAACGCUCCGGAUCACCUGGCUGUUGACGUCGACGGGCUCGGGGAUCACGUCGUUGGAUAUUUACGAGUUGCAGGACGGCAUGGAUAUUCUCGUGGGUCGGCAAGACGGAGUGGUCGAGGUGUACACGUUUCCCGAGGAGGAUGUGCCUUCCACUCUGCGCUAUCAUUAUAACGCCGGCGAAAGUAUCAGCACAAUCGUGGGUGGGAUAAUCGGCGUCGCCAAUUAUCCUGAGGUUCUCGUCACGACUUAUUCGGGCCGGGUAUUCGGUUUGACCACUAGUCCUCCUGGACUGCUGGAAGCAGGACAGAGCGACGUUGGCCUGGCCAGGCUGAAACUGGAGAUACAACAACUGCAUGAGAAGCUCACCGAAGAGAAGGAGACGUCCAAUUUUAUGCCGGAUCCUUUGGCACCUUUGAUACUGGCCGUGAAUCAUAAAAUGGUGUUGCACAAGGAGGACGCUUCGUAUUCGUUGUCUAUAGAGCUUGACGCGUCGAUCGAUAACAUCCUGAUACAGUCGGACACUCCUAUCGAUCUGCUGGACACGGAGAACAAUAGCGCAGUGGUCAGUUUGUCCGCUUGCAAUCCCAGAGAGGGCAAUUUCGUGCUUGCCACUUAUCGGUGCCAGAUCAACACAAAUCGUAUUGAGAUGCGACUGAGAUCUAUCGAGGGCCAGCCGGGUACCUUACAGAUCUAUGUGACGUCUCAGGUACAGCCGAAACGUUGUCGUAAAAUCUUUGUUCCCAUAUACGCCUUGUCUCUACACGUAAGACAACACGAAGAUGAAGACAAUAGCACGCAGUCCAACGGUCCGUUCAAUGAACUGAAGUUGAAUGGUAACUUUACGAUCGCCGAGAUGCACGCGUGGCUCUCUUUAGCGUUACCGGAUGUACCCGAGAGGCCUCACGUUCAUGACGGUGAGGCCGUACUGGCGUACGUCUCGUCCUUCAUCGGGACAAUCCUCAAAUGCAAGUAUAAGAAAGGAAACGCCCUAUUCCUCGGCGAGAACAUCUCCAGUAUCAUAAUCCUCAGAGACAUACUGACCAAGGAAGCGACGAAGCGCAAGAUCAAGCUGGACGUAUUCUGCGAGGUGGCAGACGGAAGCGUGUGCAGAGUACUGGAGCUGAUUCUCCCUCGGUUGAACGCAGCCCACGAAUUAAUGCAGAAGAUAAAAGUCCUCGACGCUCUCGACGAGUGGGAACUGAAGUCCAAUCCGAGAGAGAAUCUGUGCUCCGAGUAUCAAGAAUUGUGGCAAAAGGAGACGGAGAUCAGAUCGCUUAUGGCGAAGGACACCGAGAUUUUGAACAGGUUACACGCGAUAAUCACCGACUUGUACGUGGAUUGGGAACGAGCGAAGCGAUCUCGAAGGAUCAGUGGCAAGGAGGCUACGGCGAAACUCAAAGACGCACUUGAAACCAGAGACCUGGCCACCAUCUUGCAAGUUUUCAUCGGCAAAAAUGACACAACCAUGCCGACCUUAAUACCUGCGGCUAUUUAGAACGUUAGGAGAUCGGCAAAAAGUGGACCAAUGUAUUUCUAUAAACAUGUUCAAGUAGAAAAUAUAUUUUUUAACGAUGAUUCACAAUAAUAAAUCGUUAAAUUGUCUACACUUAAAA